AUGUUUCCCAAUGUGAUCAACUCGUGCAUUGAGGCGUCGGUGUCUCUGGGCCGAGUGCACAAGUUUCUGGUCUCGGAAGAGAUUAACACGAAUGGCAUUGUGCACACGCUCACCAAGAGCCCGAUCAAUGAGGGGGCCUGGGGUACCAUCAAAGUGACGGACGGUGCAUUUGCGGCGUGGAUUCAGAAUGCCACAGUGCGCGACAACAUCCUCUUUGGACAGUCCUUUGACCGAACCAAAUACGACAACAUCGUCUCCGCAUGCGCCUUGAGGGACGAUUUCGAUGUAUGUAAUAAUAGAGAUGAGAUGUCUAUGUAA